AUCUGGAAACAUGGCGGCGGUCGGUCGCGCAGGCAUGUGCGUUUGGCACGGACUGCGACCCAAGAUUUGCUCGGCCGGUUUGCACCGCAGCACCUCGGGCCUCCCACUGUUCCGAGAUCGGAGUAGUCCCAGGGUUCUGCGUACAUGGCUUCCCAGUGUCCCCCUAGGGGUGCCGACACUUGGACCGGUACGAUUCACGUCGACGAGUGGUGGCGGCGGCGCCGCAGCUCCUACCGGCGCCAGCGGCUCGACCAGCGGCGGCAGCAGUGGUCGCGCAGCGGACGACUUCUCGCAAAGGGCCAUGAAGUACACCUUCGUGGCGUUCGGGGCCAUCUUCACCGGAGUUGCGGGAUACCUGGUCGUCAGCUGGGGGGCACCUUCCGUCGACGAAACGGGCAAAGAGGUCGAAGACGAAUACAGCAGCUUACCAAGCUGGAAGGCGCACCUGUAUCGGACGUACAAGGAGCUGCUGCUUUAUAACAAGAUGAUCCAAGAGCCGUCCCGGGACAAGCUCCUGCCCGAUCCCCUGACGGAGCCCUACUUCCAGCCGCCUUACACCCUCGUGCUGGAGAUGACCGGCGUGCUCGUACACCCCGACUGGACGUACCAGACUGGCUGGCGGUUCAAGAAGCGUCCUGGAGUCAACCUCUUCCUGCAGCAGGUGGGGCCUCCGCUGUUCGAGGUUGUCGUCUACACCUCCGAGCAAGGCUUCACGGCCUACCCGAUCCUGGACAGUCUGGACCCGCAGGGAUUCAUCAUGUACCGGCUGUUCAGGGACGCCACCCGCUACACAAAGGGACACCACGUGAAGGACCUGUCCUGCCUCAACCGGGACCUGUCCAAGGUGAUCCUGGUGGACUGGAGCGAAGAGGCGUGCUCCCUGCAGCCCCGCAACGCCCUCAGGCUACGCAAGUGGGACGGAGGGGACGAGGACCGCACCCUCCUCGACCUGGCACAGUUCCUGCGCACCAUUGGAACCAGCGAGGUGGAAGAUGUGCGGACGGUGUUGGACUACUACCGCCAGUUUGAGGACCCCCUAGUGGCCUUCAAGGAGAACCAGAAAAGGCUGCAGGAAGAGAAGCAACUUGCCAGCAUUGAGGCUGUACCCAGCCAGCGUUCAUGGACCAAGGGCCUCUGGAAGCGCAACUGAAGCACGGUUCACCGAACAUCCUUGGUUAGAGGUCUCUGUUGCAUCGCGCCAUGCGCCCAGGCACACGCCACUCCAGCUCUUGGCCUUCGUCGGGACAGUGUCGGCUUGAAGUCGGCCCGGAGUUGGCUUCAAGUCGACCGAGUGUCAGUCUCAAGUCGGCAUAGUGUCUGCUCCCAGUUGGGGCAAAGUCGUGGACCACCUGGUUUUCAUCGGUGUCUGGUGUUUGAGCGGGGGAACCGUGCUUGACGCAUUCGCAAGAACUGUCUCCAUUCUCUUCUCCCGCUUGCUCGUCAGACGACACAUAAAGUGCUAGAUUCCCAGCCAAAAUGAA